AUGUGCUUGGACUUCGACGACUCAAAGGAAUGGCUCGCCCGACUAACAGACGUUGGCGUUUCAACUUACUGGUGCUCGCUUUCCGAAUACCCCGUCUGCGUGACUCUGACAUACGAAGAUGUCCCAGGAUACACCAUCUACAACUGCGGUGGGCCAGACGUCAUUACUCUUCAGGCCGUAGACCACAGCUUGGCCGUGUCAAGCGCAGGAGCCAGUACCACGACCACCUCGGAUACCUCGUCCGCUUCCUCGGCAAGCACAGAGAGUGGGACAUCCACCACCUCCACCGCAGCCUCAUCUCAAUCUUCGUCGUCCAAAUCUUCGGCACCCAUAGGAGCCAUCGUCGGCGGAGUUGUCGGCGGAGUGGCAGUGAUCGCCAUAUUCGUCUUCGCCCUUGUCUUCCUUCUCUGCAGGAGAAGACGGAACUCAGGUCCUGCCACCACCUCCAGUGAUCCAAAUGCUGCCCUCUCAUCGCCACCCAUGGCUGGUGCUGCUGCACCAGCCCCUGGAACAUACCAGGGCCAGCCAGCAAUGCAGCAGCAGCCGCAGCAGCAGCCAUAUCACAACGCCAGCGUGCAACAGCCCGUUGCCGGCGGCAUUGACGGCCACAACCCAGACCAGAAACCUCACUACAGCCUCAACGCGCAGAGCAUCCAAUCCUUGCCUUCUCCGGGCAGCCCGCCGCCUCCUCAUAGCCCAUCGCCCGGCGCCGUGCCCCCUUAUCAGCAGAGCACGUACUCGCCGCCGCCACCCGAGAACCAGGGGUUCACACCAACUGAGUCAGGUUUCAGUACUGUCUCUCAGCACAAUACAGGAGCGACGCAGCAGACAUUCAAUGAGCAUCAGCAGCAUGAUACCUGGUCAUACCAUGAGAUGCCGUCCACGAAGCACGAUGGGGAGCUGAGGGAACUUCCGUAG